UCCGUGAAGACAGGAGAUUCAAACUUCUACCCUAAUACUUCAAUACGCCUCUUAGAUUGUUGUGUUUGACAAAAUCAAUAUUUUUCUAGGUGAAUAUCUGAUUGAAACUGAAAAUAGGAAUCUUCAACAUGAACAAGAAAAAAUACGUUUAAAACAUCAACUUCAACAAGCACUUCAAGAUGAAAAUAGUCAAUCAAUAACAACUAUUGAAAAUUUAUCGAAUGAAUUUUUUCACGAUAUAUUCGAUUAUCUGAAUUGUUAUGAAAUAUUUCAAGGAUUUUCAAUGCUUAAUCAUCGUUUUGACGACCUUCUCUCUUCAUCAUGUUUAUUAUUCAAGGUCGAAAUUUAUAUAUCAGAGCAUGAUGAAGCAUCAAUGAUCGAUUAUCGACGAUUCAUCGAUAUAAAUCGACGUAAGAUAUUUUCACUUAAGCUUCGAUUGCGUUUAGAUAAUGAUAAUUUUUUAUCAUUAUUCAUUAUCAAUUCAUCGUUGAACCAAUUACAAUCGCUGUUCAUUGAUGGAAUAUCACCAGCUACACUUAUUGAACUUCUUAUUAAUUUAGUUGGUUUGCAUCGUUUAUUGUCCUUAACUAUUGAUACACAUAAUUCUGAUGGAUAUUCGAACAAUAUAUAUCAAUUAGUUUUUGCAUUGCCAUAUUUAAAAUCAAACAAAUUGACCUUCGAUGAAGAUGACAGCUGCAUUUCACUUCCAAUAGCUACAGAUCAACAAACCAGCGCCAUCGAAUAUUUUACUAUUGAUCAUUCAAUUACCUUCGAAGAACUUUUUAUUCUUUUGUCCUAUACACCAAAAAUUCGUUGUCUAAAAUGUUCAAUUGUCGAUAAUGUUGAUGAAAACAUUCAAAGUUUAUUACCGAUUACAUUAUCAAAUCUAACACAUAUUUUGGUAGAAAUAUGUCUUAUUGAUUUUAAUUAUUUUGAAACAUUUAUGAAAAAAAUUUUUUGUCAAUUAAAAUAUUUAUCUAUUAUUAUUCAAGCUGAAGAUAUAGCUUAUCUUAAUGCCUAUCAUUGGGAAAUAUUUAUUGUUGAAUCAUUACCUGAAUUACAAAAAUUUUAUUUAACAUAUAAGGAAGAAAUUAAUGAUCAACAUCAAUAUCAAGUGUAUCCUGGUCAACCAGAUCAAUUUGUUUCAUCAUUUUGGUGUGAACAUCAAUGGAUAUUUGAAGUUGAACUUAUUGUUGGUGAAUCAAUCAUGUAUACAAUUCGUCCAUACAGAAAAAGAUGGUAUGAAUAUUCACAAGAUAAACUUGUCAAUUAUUGUGAUGAACAUUAUCAAUCUACUCAAUUAACUAUUGUAAAUCCUAAUGAUGAUCGUUUUCAUGAAAAAAUACUAAUUGAUAUUCAACGUAUUUUAAAUAUAGCACAAGUUUAUCAUUUGGAGAUUACAGACAACGAAGUGUUGAUUGAUUCAUUAAUUGAACUUCUCAAUAUAUUACCUGAACUUAAUACAUUAAAAAUCCAUUCAUUAUCAUUAAAAAAAUCAAGAAAGUUCACUGCCUUAGAAGAGCAUGUUAUGUAUUUAAUAAAAGAAACAAUAUAUUUCAAAGUUGAUGCUAUAUAUGAUAUGGAUAUUGAAUCUGCUGUACGAAAUAUUAUUCAGAACAUAAAGCGUGAUUGUAAUAAACAUCUUCGUUUAUUAUGUUUUCAUGCUUCAUCAGCAGAUGAUGAAUUAAUAAAACAACUGGAAAAGAUGAUUGAAAAUGAAGAAUUAAUACUCGAUUACAAUAUCACACGCAUCAUUGACUGUAUAUAUUUACAAUGGAAAUAA